ACCUCUCUAUUUAAAGCUCUUCUAUAUAUAUAAUAUCAUCCAUCACACAAAGUAUUCUCUACUGGAUCUCUCUAGCUGCUGCUGCUGCUUCUUCUUCUUCUUCUUCCAGCAGAGAUAAAGAAAAUAAAAAGUGUUUGUUUCUCGAGAAAAUAAUAAUGGAGAAGGUAGAGGGUUCGGAGAAGAGAGGAGGAGGAGGUUGUGGUGGUGGGAGUGUGGUUGUAAGGAUUAUGGCCUUUGCACUUACGGUAUCGGCGGCUGUUAUUCUUGGAGUUGAUAAGCAGACCAAAUCGGUUGCCGUCACCCUUCUUGAUUCCCUCCCACCCCUCACCAUCCCUGUUACUGCCAAGUGGCAUUACUUGUCUGCCUUUACGUAUUUUGUGGUGGCAAAUGCCAUAGCAAGUUCUUACGCGUUAAUUUCUCUAAUCUUUUCACUCGCAAAUCACAGUGGUAAAAAGAGCGGUAACUUAGGUUUUCUUAUGGCGGUUUUCGAUAUGAUGAUGGUUGCGCUGCUCUUCUCUAGCAAUGGAGCCGCGGCAGCCAUUGGUUUGAUGGGCAUGCAAGGCAAUUCACAUGUGCAAUGGAAGAAGGUUUGCAAUGUUUUCAACAAAUUUUGCCACCAAGGAGCCGCUGCAGUUGUCUUAUCCUUACUCGGCGCAAAUGCCUUUCUCUUGUUAGCCAUUCUUGCCAUCAAACGCCUCCCCCGCAAGUGAUAUUCAACCCUAGCUAGCCCAAACACUUUUACUAUGUAUUUCAUUAUAUUUUCUGGUUAAGUAGAUAUAGAGUUUCGUGAAUUUCCAUUAUUGUGCUUUUUUUUUUCUGAAGUUGUAGAACUUUGAUUCUUAUAGUUAUAAAUUGAGAAUCAUAUCAACUCCAAAAAUAUUUUAAAUUGAAAAAAAAAGUUCUUGUUUGGAUUGUUA